ACUACCGCGCCAUUUCCAUCUGUGCCACAAAACUUAUAUUUAUUUAAUCCGCGCCGUCCAUCUGGAAAAAAAGAGCAAUGAAAACAGGCACAAUAAUCAGUUGUUGCUUAUUGAUAUUUAAUAAUGUGUGCUGCCAGAGUGGUAGUGAACAAAAACCGAUAGACCCUCAUGACGGCUGGUCGAAUUUCGUCAUGGAUUUCGAUCAGACCCUUGGCGAAUCCUGCCCCCAGUGCGAGUGCCCGGAAAUGCCGCAUAGGUCUCCGGCUGCCAUUGAGGAUGCACUCUCCCUAGUGUAUUUUAAGAAGUUUGUAAACCUACUAUUUCAACGGAAAAGUUUGCAGUAUGAUGCCACCGCAACGCUCUACAAGCGAUCGCUGCUGUUCUCGUUGCUUCCGUCACAAAUAGAAGAGCUAGAACACGUGCAAGAUGCUCGCGAUCUAGACAUUUUGCUCACCAGGAUACUGGAGAGGGCGGAAGCAGCGCCACUCGUUGAAGGCGCCUUCGGAUGCGACUAUACACAUCAGGGGAUGGGCGUGUGGGCUUUAGUUACUGAUAUUCUCAAGGAUUUUACACAACUGUUGAAAAUAUCCGAGGUGCAAUUUAUGGUUUUAGCGGCGCUGGCUGCCUUGGCUGUCUGCAUUGUGCACAAACGCUUCCGAUUCCGGCUAAUCAGUGUUAUUUUAGGAGGCGUGCUUCUAUGUGGAUACUUCCACACAUAUUUGGAGUGCAAUAGAAAAUUGGAAGUUGACGCUAUGUUGGAUGUUAUCAACAGUCACCAGGAACCGCUAAGCUACGAUGAAAUGUCUUGGAUUCAACGACUGAGGAAUUUUGUGGUCAGGCCAUCAACGGAGGCCGAACAAAAGGAGAGACUGAGAAAAUCUUCAAAACUCAACCUUACAUACUGCCUACCAGAUCAUGUCUUCAUUAUGUAUAUAAACGACUUGUUUCUUAAGCAAUUGGAACUGCUUUUGGAGAAGGUUUCGAAAACUAUGACGAAGCUGUCCUCUGGAUUAUCUUUCCCCUACAACCUUAUUGCUCCCAUAUUUUUGGUAGCUUUGGUGGGGUACAUUAUCAAGUUAACAUUCAAAUACAUCAUUAGUCCCAGAGCGUGGGGUACACUACUUCACACUAGACCAGGCCAUACCGACACUCCGCCUAUGCUUCAGUCUCAGGCUUCGAUCGCUGGGAGAGAAACUGUUGGAGAUUGUAUAUCAGGAGAGAAUCUGAAAAUGCUGUUGAACGUGAUAGGCGACACUCAAAAGAGUGUCAAACAACAACUACCGGCUGUAUCGGGAGUCCAGGAGCUAAUGGGACCUCUGGAAGCUCCUUCCGCAGAAGAUAAAAAACCAAAACUAGAUGUCAGCAACAACAGCAGCAGCGACAGCAAAAGCCGUAGUAUCACCGAAGAAGAUGGAUUCACAGUGGUGGAUGACCACGAGGAAGAUGCGAUACAUAAUAUCUAGCAGUAAGCUGCAAACCUUAGUUUAUAUUUUAAGCGUAUUGUCCGUGAUCAUCUUUACCCAAUUUUAUAUUGGAACCUAGUGCCUAAGAAUAAUUCAAUUUGCAGUUGAUUUGUCGUAGUUAAAGUUUCUUUAUUUAAAUUAUUUUUCGUGUUCUUAUUCGCCUGUUCACGAUAAGUGUGGUUAAGUAUAAAUCUUCAACAAUAAGAUCGUUUUAAGUAGGCCUCCAAAUCGUCUAUAUAUUAUUGCAUGUUUUUAUUAUGCUGCCGGCCGGCCACUCAAAAAAAUUGGAUAUACUUUCAAUGUAAUUUGUUGAACAUUUCGUAUUUACAAUGCGGCGCUGAGCCGUUUCGUUUCCGUUCAUUUUACUUAUUCGCAGUGGUCGCUCUGUCGCACUGUGUGGAGUUGCAUAUUAAUUGAAUGUAAGCGAAAUUUAUAUAUGUAUUCGGUGUUUUCGAAUCGUGUAAAACUAGUUCAAUAUGUAUACAACUAAUAUAUUUGAUUUACAUACUCGUAUUUAAAUAUCUAUGUAUAUAGAUCUAUUAUAUGGUGUGUGUAUAUAUAUUCGUAGGGAAAAAAUUAGAAUUUCGGUGUAAAUAUAUUUAUUCGCUGUAUUUUAA